CGGCAUCGUCCCUGUACCUCUCACCAUUGUACGUAGUGCGGCGACACUCGACAUGCGUGCUCACAAAGGUGCGCUGGCGGUACAUGGGGGCGAAGACGAGGAUGGCAACCAAUGGUGCCUUGCGGACGACAUCGACGAGUGGUGCGUUCGUAGCUUGCUGCAAAUACAGCAAAACAAGAGCGAAAUCCCCGAGAAAUACGAGCAGGACCUCUACUUGUGUCCGGAGAGCUUACAAGCAUUCGAGGGGGCACUAGGGACGGUCUGUGAAGCUGUGGACCAUGUCUGCAAGGCCACUGGCGUUUUCAAGGGAGACCCAUCACCUCCGCAGACACAGCCGGAUGUUGGUACCCCAAGCCCACGUGUUUUCGUCGCCGUUAGACCUCCAGGCCAUCAUUGCGGGGAGGAUACUCCAGCAGGUUUUGGUUUCGUGAACAAUGUCUGCGUUGGUGCAUUUCAUGCGUUCGAGCAGCAUCGCUUGGGCCGGAUUGUGAUCUUUGACAUCGACUUACAUCAUGGCAACGGCACGCAAGAGAUCGUUAGGACAUAUCAAGCGCCCAAGAUAUUCUACGGCAGUACGCAUGAUAUUGAGUCAUACCCAUGCGAGGAUAAAAACCGAGAGCUCAUUGACGACGCUUCUCUUCAGCUGCAUGGCAUCAACGGCGAAUGGAUCCACAAUGUCCAUCUGCUCCGGUAUAAAACUGAGGCAGACUUUUGGACACACUACGAGCACCGUUACCGAUCAUUGUUCAGGAAAGCUACAGAGUUUAUUGAGACCACUGGUGGUGCCGGUGACGACGUCAUUGUAUUCAUGAGCUGUGGCUUUGAUGCAUCAGAAUACGAGACGACUGAGAUGUCUCGGCAUGGUCGGCACGUGCCGACGUCCUUUUACCAUAGAUUCACCCUGGAGGCAUGCGCGUUCGCCAACAAGUAUGCUGGCGGUCGCCUCGUGAGCGUCCUUGAAGGCGGUUAUAGCGACCGUGCGCUGACCAGCGGGGUUAUGUCCCACAUCGCCGGACUUGCGGAAGCUGGUGGUCAGAAAGUGAGCAGGGACUGGUGGGGCAAUGACGAGCUGAAUAAGAUCGAAAAGGUAACGAAGAAGCGACGCGGCCGCCCGACAAAGCUAGACCAUCUCGACUGGUGGCUGCGACGGAUGCAACAGAUCUUUGAGGGUGUCAACCGCGACGCCGCUCCUGCGACGCCUCCAAAGCUAACGCAGCUCUACGUCCCACCCCCACCUCCGCCCUAUCAUAAUGAGCCUCCAAAGGCUGCGACUGCUCUGAAGAAGCCACGCGCAUCACGCACAAAACGACCGCUCCCACCACCGACAUCGAUAGUUACGCGCCGCGCAAAACGGGCGUCUCCCGACGAGACAGGCGCAGGCGCUCAACCCGGACGGAAGCGCAGGCGCUUAUCGACGCAGGAGCCCGAGGAGGAGGAAGAGAGCAGCGCCGAAGAGAUGAGAGUCGGCUCGGCGAAGCCCAAAGUGCGGUUUGUGCCGCCGUGCCCGCACACGAGAUUGUAUUCGGGGGACUCGCAUGCUGGGAAGCAGCCAGCGAUGGGCGUGCGGGGCCAAGGCGACGUCAACCAAGGGCGUAUGCCUCAGACAAGUACGGGACUGCCGACUCCUCAACCCAGCUCGGAGAACAUCGCCAAGCCUCUCGCUACUUGCCAAACAGGCAGCGCGGCGCCAAAGCCCCCUCCGACACCGAAUCUGGCCCGGAUACGCAACCUAGCAGUCACGCUUCAGGCCGAACUGCCGCCGACGAACGCUGCAACGGCCACGAUGCCAAGUACUUCGCAACGAUUUGUCUCUGGCGCACAUCCAGUCGCGUCAUCCUCGCGGCCGACGGGUGCCAAGGUGGAUAAGGCGUUGUUGUCGGCGGAAGGCUCCCUGCGUGAGCUACAUCAAACAACGCUGGGCACUGGCCAAAAGGUGAUAUUGACGCAGCUUGAGGAGCUGUACACUCGCCUUGAUGGCCUAACCAAGACCUUAAAGAAACUGAAAGAGGUGGCUGACCUGCUGAACCCCAAUGAACAGCAACGAUAACACCGGCCCUGUGCAUGGGACUUAAUGUUUGCACGGUCAAUCCA